AUGAAGAAGAAGAGUGCUGCUGUUAAGAAUCAAAAUUAUUGCAAACAUUGCAACAAAAUAAUAAUAGGUAGCUCAUACAAAUUUAAAUCUCAUUUAUUCCAACAUAACGCUGUUGAAGCGAGAUUUAAAUGUAAAUAUUGUUCGAAAGCUUACUACCGCUAUGAUACUUUUGUUUUACACGAGAAAAGUCACGUUGGUUUGAAGAGAAACGACAAAAAUUACGUAUGCGACUACUGCGAUCGGAGUUUUGUUAACAAAUUCAAUCUUAUCGUACAUUUGAAGAAAAUACACGACGAUUCAGUGAAUACUGAUAGAAUAAGAUUCUCAUGCGACGCCUGUAAGAUAAAUUACUGCGAGAAACGGAGCCUGGAUAAUCAUGUACGUAAAAUGCAUUUCAACAACACAACACGUGAAGAGCCAAUGCACGUCACUAAAUCAGUGAACGAUAGCUGGAUUGAACGUGUCAAUAUAAAGAACACAUGCGUUCUUAUAACGAAAAUUAAUAGCAAUGCUAUAACUAUCAAAAAGUGCGCUCAAAUCAAAGAAUUAACCCCACCGGAAACCAAAUCUGCCGAUCGCACUCCAUACAAGAAACAAUUCGUAGAUCAAUACUCCAAAGCUAUAUGUGACUAUUGUAAGAAAGAAAUGCUCAAGAAAAGCCUGAAAAACCACAUAAUGGAGCGUCAUCUAAAUAUUAGGAAGUACAGAUGUUUGGACUGCGGUCGAUCUUACAAACGACACUACCAAUAUAUUGACCAUAAAUGUAAUCAAACAAUACUUAAAAAUGCUUAA